AUGCGCAUUCGUCUCAUUGGCCCUAGUGGGCACAAGUCGGACUACCACUGUGCCACGCUGCUUGGGAACUGGCAGGAGGAACGAAUGACAUUUGGGCUGAAGGAUCCUGCAAAGGGGCCGCUGGAAACCCAGACGACGUAUUUGGCGUCGUACAAGGGCAGCAAGGACGAGGAGGAACUCUUCGCUGCGAAGCCCCCUGGCUGUUUUUGCGCUGAGGCACCAGUGCAGCUUCUCUUUUACCACGGCGACAUUGCUGCGCCGCCGCAAAAUCAACUCACCGUACACGAGCUCAGUUACACCCAUCCGACAAUGGACGCCACAGCGAACUCACUUAAAGCGAUCCUUGAUGAAGAAGGCAUA